CUUUGAUUUCUUCUUUUUGUUUCUUUUCAUUUUUCUAUAUACAACUUUCCCUUUUAUCUCUUUCUCUCUAGUACUCCCUCUGUGAUUGAUUCAUUUGAAUUCAGAUAACCCUGCUCCUCUCUCUCAUUUGAAAGAGAGAAGAGAAGAAGGAAAAAGGUCAUUCCUCGUCUCCAGAGAGUCGAUCCAAAACCAGAAGAGAUAAGUAAUCCUUGUGUAUAGCUAGCCAUGGAAGAUCCAAAACCAGAAGAGAUAAGUCAUCCACCAAUGGACCAACUCCAAGGUUUUGAGUACUGUAUUGACUCCAACCCUUCUUGGGGAGAAGCAAUAGCUCUGGGGUUUCAGCACUACAUCUUGUCCUUAGGAACAGCAGUCAUGAUUCCAACUUUUCUUGUUUCUUUGAUGGGAGGAUCUUCUGAUGAUAAGGUGAGGGUGAUACAAACUCUGCUGUUUGUUGGAGGGAUUAAUACACUGUUGCAGACAUUAUUCGGAACAAGAUUACCAACAGUAAUUGGUGGAUCUCAUGCUUUCAUUGUACCUAUCAUCUCCAUCAUUCAUGAUUCUUCAUUAAUGCAGAUACCUGAUCAACAUUUGAGAUUUCUGGCAACAAUGAGAGCAAUCCAAGGAGCUGUGAUAGUGUCAUCCAGUGUUCAGAUCAUCCUUGGCUUCAGUCAGUUAUGGGGAAUUGUAUCCAGGUUUUUUAGCCCUCUAGGAAUGGUUCCAGUCAUAUCUUUGGUUGGUUUUGGUCUCUUCGAUAGAGGGUUCCCACUGGCUGGAAGGUGCGUAGAAAUUGGAAUUCCAAUGUUCAUUCUAUUUGUAGUCUUCUCUCAGUACUUAAAAAGCUUUCGAACGAAGGAUCUGCCUAUACUGGAGCGGUUUGCACUCCUGUUAUCAGUCAUGGUGAUUUGGGCUUAUGCACACAUGAUUACUGCCGGUGGUGCUUAUAAGCAUCGCCCUGAUCUUACACAAAUCCAUUGCAGAACGGAUAGAGCUAACCUCAUUUCAUCUGCACCUUGGAUAAAAAUCCCAUACCCACUUCAGUGGGGUGCACCUACUUUUGAUGCUGGUCAUUCAUUCGGAAUGAUGGCUGGCGCUCUAGUCUCCUUGUUUGAGUCGACCGGAGCAUAUAUAGCUGCAUCGCGGUUAGCUAGUGCAACACCCCCUCCAGCUCAUGUUCUUAGCCGUGGUAUUGGAUGGCAGGGAUUUGGGAUUUUAUUAGAUGGCCUUUUUGGAACAGGAACUGGUUCUACUGUGUCAGUAGAGAACAUUGGACUUCUUGGAUCUACACGAGUUGGCAGCCGGAGAGUUAUUCAAAUCUCAGCUGGUUUCAUGAUAUUCUUCUCUAUAUUAGGAAAAUUUGGGGCACUUUUUGCAUCGAUACCCAUCCCAAUUUUUGCUGCAAUAUACUGUGUUUUGUUUGGAAUUGUUGCAUCGGUAGGCCUAUCGCUUCUGCAGUUCACAAACAUGAACUCGAUGAGAAAUAUGUUCAUCACAGGUGUUUCAUUGUUUCUUGGGUUAUCUAUUCCCGAGUACUUUCGUGAAUACACUGCCCUUGCUCACCAUGGCCCUGCUCACACAAAUGCAGGAUGGUUCAACGAUUUGAUCAACACGGUCUUCUCAUCCUCACCAACAGUUGCUCUGAUUGUUUCCAUUUUCCUUGACAACACCCUGGACUACAAGGACAGCGCCAGAGACAGAGGAAUGCAUUGGUGGGUUAAAUUCAGAACAUUCAGGGGAGACGGUCGAAAUGAGGAGUUUUACACCCUCCCCUUCAAUCUCAACCGUUUCUUUCCUCCAUCAUGAUUAAAACACAAGAAGACAAGCACGAUCCAAGUGCUAAAAAAUAGAAGAAAAAGCAUUCAGGUACAACUUCCCAGGAAAGAACACAGCAAAUCACAAAUCUCAAAGGAGAAGAAGAGUCUGUAGUCAGGUUCCAUCGUAUGUCUUGGUUUUGCACUAGUAGUAUGUAUAUUCAAUAAAAACUUGUCAUCUCCAUUGAGAAUUUUGUGUAGGUUGUUGUAUUAUGUUCUGUAGGUUUUGCAGUAUCCCGUAUUCCAGUGUAUAUAGUAGCCAGACUUCUCAACAA